UCGCUCCCGCUCGCCUCGCUCUUCCCGCGCCCGCGCACACUCCCUGCUCACGCGCGCGCCUGGCCAUGGCACUCCCGCGCUGCCCCUGCCGCCGCCGCCUGGAGCUCGUUUUCGCGCGCAUAUCCCGCCGUCGCCUCGCCAUUCUCCCGCCUCCUCGCCAAUCUUCCUCGCAGUACCCCACACCGGCCCAGCCUCAAAUAGCUCCGUCCCCAAGGAUCCCAAUUGCAAACCCUAGAAUCUUCCCCCCAAUCCAUCCCUAAUCUGGUCGACAUGAAUCCUCUUCGGGCGCCGUCCUCAAGUUCCAGGCGAGGGAGGGGUGCUCCGGCCGCCCAGGCUACCCGAGCUGAUAGGGUCCCUGCUGGUACCGUCGCCGGAGCUGAUGCAGUCCCUGCUGGUACCGUUGCCGGAGCUGAUGCGGUCCCUGCUGGUGCCGCCGCCCCCACCGGCUAUCGCGCCUCCCUGGCUGCUGCUGCAGCAUCUCGCCCUGCCUCUGCUGCUGAUGGAUCCACUGCAACAUGGAGUCUUCAAGCCGCUGGUUUACCUGAGUGGUGGAGAAAUUCGUCUCCGAUGGGCUCCAGUGAAGGAUGAUGGUUUCUGAUGGCUUCUGGAGUUUGUGUUGACUUGCUGGAGUGCUGCAUGACCUGGUUUCUGGAGUUUGCUUCUGGAGUGCUGCAUGGCCUGUUUCAAAUGUGGCUUUUGGGCUAUUGUUUCUCAAAUAUAUAUGCUAUCUGUUAUCUUUAUUCCUAGACUAUUGUACUCUUGAGCGUUAUGUUUGCUGGAACCAUAGAUGGUCAUACGAUGCCAUCAAUUAUAUGUUUGCUGUAAUCGUUAAGAAUAGCUUGUGUUCUUGUCUGCUGGAACCAUAUAUGUGAUUCUGAAAAUAUAUGUGGCAACAUGUGCCGUACAGAGCUAGUGCCACAAC